CUGCGCUGUGUCUCAGUGAACGCCCGGCUUUGUCAUUGAUUGACUCGCGUGAGUGGAGACUCGGGCUAAGACAAAGGCAGGAGUAGGAGCACCUCGCAGUAACUCGGGGCCAAAAAAAAUGGUGGUACUUUCCAAAGAGUAUGGAGCUGUGGUGCUGACUGGCGCUGCCAGUUUUGCCAUGGUCAGUUACCUUGCUUUCAAAGUUUCGGCAGCACGCAAGAAGUACAAAGUGGAGUACCCUGUGAUGUACAGUGACGAUCCAGAAAAUGGACAUUUGUUCAACUGUAUCCAACGUGCUCACCAAAAUACACUAGAAACAUAUCCAGCAUUCCUAUUCUUUCUGACAGUUGGUGGAAUACAACGUCCACGACUGGCAAGUACACUCGGUGGAAUUUGGAUAAUUGGAAGACUUGUUUAUGCACAUGGCUAUUCCAGUGGAGAUCCUAGCAAGAGAAGAUAUGGUAACUUUAGUUCAAUAGCACUGCUGGGACUCAUGGGAACUGCAGUAUCAUUUGGAUUUCACCAACUGGGAUGGCACAGAUCUUGCUAUGGGAGGCCUAUGAAUUUAUAAUCUUGAUGAGUGUACACUCCUAGCAAAAUCACUUGGCAGUAACUUUAUCUCUAAUAGCAACCACUUGCUUCUGAUGUUUGUAUGGUGGACCUUUUUUAUAAAAUGAGAAUAAAGUUCUUGCCUGUGGUAA